AUGUCGCUAUUUAAUUUCGUAAUAAAAUAUAAAAAAGAGGCAGAAAUUCCACAUGUGAACAGCCUGAGUAUAAAUUUUAGAGAAGCAAACAAACAUACGGAAUUGAUUUUAUAUAAAAAUUCCAUAACCCAUUGUGCGGAAGAACAGAGAGAGAGUGAGCUAGGAAAAACAGUAAUAGAAAUUAUUAGAGCCUUUUAUAUAGGGGAAUACAGUCAGUAUUAUAUGAAAAAGGGAGGCAUUGGAACUACGGAUUGUCGGGAAUUAAUAAAAAAAAUAAUCAAAAAUUCUAUUACUUACAAACAAUUUAAUUCAAAGAGAUCAAAACAAUGUGUAUUUGUUAAAGCAUAUGAACCGGGCAAAAAAGUUGCGAUUUAUACCAUGGGUUUAGUAAAUAAUCAAUAUGUUAUAGUUUGUAUUGACUAUUUCACAAGAAGGAGAUUUGCAAAGAUAUUUAAGUCGAAGAAAGAUAUAAAUGUUAAAAAAUUUUUAGAAGAUAUAAUUUGUAAUGUUUGCAUUAAAACAUUAAUAUUAGAUCAGUCAAAAAAAGCUUAA